AUGACAUCAUCAAGUCCCGCCCCCUCUCCCCUCCCCCUCCCUCAUCAUCAUCAGCAGCAGUAUCAUGUUUCCUUCUGGAUUGGACGAACAUCACGUCAGUCUUCACUCCAGCCCCGCCUCCUGCUGUCUCUCUUGCUCUGUAUUGGUGGGCAGGUGGUUCAGGUGAGUGCCUCUCACCAGCACUUCCACCCCCACUCCAUAAAGAUACCUGGUGACAUCACUCUGGGGGGGUUGUUCCCCAUCCACGCCCGUGGCCCCCAUGGUCUGCCUUGCGGGGAGCUGAAGAAGGAGAAGGGGAUCCACCGUAUGGAGGCCAUGUUGUACGCCCUGGACCAGAUCAACAGCGACCCCGAGCUGCUACCCAACAUCACCCUGGGGGCCCGCAUCCUCGACACCUGCUCCAGAGACACCUACGCUCUUGAACAGUCGCUCACUUUCGUCCAAGCGCUGAUCCAGAAAGACACAUCUGACAUCCGCUGCUCCAACGGAGAGCCACCCAUCAUUCGGAAACCAGAGAGGGUGGUGGGAGUGAUUGGAGCGUCUGCUAGCUCCGUGUCCAUCAUGGUGGCCAACAUCCUGAGACUGUUCGAGAUCCCUCAGGUGAGUUAUGCAUCCACGGCUCCGGAGCUCAGCGAUAAUAACCGCUAUGACUUCUUCUCUCGGGUGGUUCCUCCGGACUCAUACCAGGCUCAGGCCAUGCUGGACAUCGUCAAAGCUCUGGGCUGGAACUACGUCUCCACACUCGCCUCUGAGGGAAACUACGGAGAGAGCGGAGUCGAUGCCUUCAUGCAGAUCUCCAGAGAGGCUGGUGGGGUGUGUAUCGCUCAGUCGGUGAAGAUUCCUCGUGAGCCAACAGCCGGAGAGUUCGACAAGAUCAUCAAACGUCUGAUGGAGACGAGUAACGCCAGAGGAGUGAUCAUCUUUGCCAAUGAAGACGACAUCAAGCGUGUCCUUGAGGCGGCAAGGCGUGCUAACCUGACGGGUCACUUCCUGUUUGUGGGGUCAGACAGCUGGGGAGCAAAGAGCUCACCAAUCGCGGAGCUGGAGGACGUUGCCGAGGGCGCCGUCACCAUCCUGCCAAAACGGGCUUCAAUAGACGGCUUCGAUCAGUACUUCAUAUCUCGUUCUCUGGAGAACAACCGCAGGAAUAUCUGGUUCAAUGAGUUCUGGGAGGAUGACUUCAGGUGUAAACUGACCCGACCCGGAAUCAAACUGGACCCUGACAAGAAGAAAUGUACAGGCGAAGAGAGGAUUGGCCGGGACUCGUCCUACGAGCAGGAGGGGAAAGUUCAGUUUGUGAUCGAUGCAGUUUACGCCGUCGCUUACGCUCUGCACAACAUGCACCAGGAUCUGUGUCCCGGCAGCUCCGGAGUCUGCAGCCAGAUGGACCCCGUGGAGGGACGCUCGCUGCUUGACUACAUCAGAGCUGUCAAUUUCAACGGAAGUGCAGGUACCAGUGUUUUGUUCAAUGAGAAUGGAGAUGCUCCUGGUCGCUAUGACAUCUUCCAGUUCCAGAUGACCAAUCACAGCCAUCCUGGUUACCAUGUCAUCGGCCAGUGGACCAAUAACCUGAGACUCAACUUGGAGGAGAUGCAGUGGUCUGGAGGACAUAAACUGGUUCCAGACUCCAUCUGCAGUUUUCCCUGUAAACCAGGAGAGAGGAAGAAGAUGGUGAAAGGAGUUCCCUGCUGCUGGCACUGUGAGCUCUGCGAUGGGUAUCAGUACCAGCUUGAUGAGUUUACCUGUGAGACCUGUCCGCUAGACAUGCGCCCCGCAUACAACAGAACCACCUGUUGGCCAACUCCGAUCAUCAAGCUUGAGUGGAACUCCCCCUGGGCCCUAGUACCCGCCUCGAUCGCCAUGCUUGGUAUCCUAGCAACCAGUGCUGUGGUGAUCACCUUCAUCCGCUUCAAUGACACACCCAUUGUCAGAGCUUCAGGGAGGGAACUCAGCUACGUACUACUGACAGGUAUCUUCUUGAUCUACCUGAUCACCUUCCUGAUGAUCGCAGAGCCAGGUGUGGUGGCUUGUGCAUUCCGGCGUCUCCUGCUGGGCCUCGGCAUGGCCAUCACCUACUCUGCUAUGUUGACCAAAACCAACCGCAUCUACCGCAUCUUUGAGCAAGGCAAGAGGUCGGUAACCCCACCAAAAUUCAUCAGCCCCACCUCCCAGCUCAUCAUCACCUUCGUACUCAUCUCUGUCCAGGUCCUUGGUGUGUUUGUAUGGUUCGCCGUCGUCCCUCCUCACACCAUCAUUGACUACGAGGAGCUCCGACCCCCAAACCCUAACCUGGCCCGAGGCAUCCUGAAGUGUGACAUGUCUGACCUGUCAAUCAUCUGCUGCCUCAGCUACAGCAUCAUACUCAUGGUUACGUGUACAGUGUACGCAGUGAAGAGUCGUGGUGUUCCAGAGACGUUUAACGAAGCAAAGCCAAUCGGUUUCACCAUGUACACCACCUGCAUCAUCUGGCUUGCCUUUGUACCAAUCUUCUUUGGUACUGCCCAGUCCAGUGAGAAGAUGUUUAUCCAGACAGCCACUCUGACUGUCUCCAUGUCUCUCAGUGCGUUCGUCUCUCUUGGGAUGCUCUAUGUGCCGAAGGUUUAUGUUAUCAUUUUCCACCCUGAACAGAACGUCCAGAAGAGGAAGAGAAGCUUCAAGGCUGUUGUUCAGGCUGCCAGAUUGUCUCAAAAAUCUUUAAAUGAGAAACAGAACGGAGAGACAAAGAUUGAACCUGACAGAUCGCAGUAACAGUGCAGUAAUACUACAAAUUACAGGUAGUUGCUGACCAAUCCCUGUCCAGAGGCUGAUGACAUCAUCAUCAUGAAAAUCACAUGAUCCCUUUCCAUAUAUACACACA